AUUACUCUAUAAAAUAUAUAAAAAAAAAUCUCUGACUCUCUCUCUCAAGAUCCCUCUUUCAAUGGUGUUUUGAAAUCAGCUGCGUUGGAUUCUUCGUUACAAUCGAGGCGAGGCUUGUAUAUCUAUCUGUAUCUAUAUUCCUAUGGCUGCUCCCUUCUUCUCCACGCCUUUUCAGCCUUUCGUGUAUGAGAGUCCACAAGAAGCUGUAACACCUUUCCAGAUAUUGGGUGGAGAGGCUCAAAUAGUUCAGAUCAUGUUGAAACCACAAGAGAAGAUUAUAGCCAAGGCAGGUUCCAUGUGUUACAUGUCCGGGCAGAUUGUAAUGGAGAAUGUUUUCGUCCCUGAAAAUGAAGCUGGUGUGUGGCAGUGGCUUUUUGGCAAGAGUUUGAGUAACAUAGUCUUCCUCAAUUCUGGUACAAGUGAUGAGUUUGUUGGUAUUGCUGCACCUUCACUUGCAAGAAUUCUCCCGAUUGAUUUAGCAUUGUUUGGCGGUGAGCUGUUAUGCCAGCCAGAUGCAUUCCUGUGUUCUAUCAAUGAUGUGAAAGUCAACAAUGCAGUUGAUCCUAGGGCACGCAAUGUUGUACCUGGUGUAGAGGGAUUUUUGAGACAAAAACUUUCUGGCCAAGGACUUGCAUUCAUUGUUGGUGGUGGAACUGUUGUGCAGAAAAGUCUUGAGGUGGGUGAAGUUCUUUCUGUUGAUGUCUCUAGCAUCAUUGCACUGUCAGGAACGGUAAAUGUACAAGUCAAAUAUACUGGUCCCAUGAGAAGGGUGGUGUUUGGGGUUGAGAAUGGAGUAACAGCUGUACUAACAGGGCCUGGUAUCGUCUUCAUACAGAGUAUGCCUUUCCAUAGACUGUCUCAACGCAUAGCUAGGGCGGUGGCGUCCCCAAACAUGAGAGACAACCCUAAGUUCUUCUUCCAGAUAGCUGUGUUCUUCUUCUUAGCGUAUGUGGUGAUUGUAUCAUCCUUGAUAUUGACUGACAUAUGAACAUUCUAUGGUGUGCUUUACUUGGAAUAUCUUAUAGAGUUUAUGAUAUCUCGGAAAGCCUUACUGUAACUUCUAGUUUCUUUCCGGGCAGUUUUUUCUUUAAAGCUUUGUAGUACAAUGGCGAGAAGUUUGUAAUUUUUGUAUAUUGGUUGAUAUUUAUACAUACAGGUUCAGAGAC